CCGACGCCGGCGUUCCUCCCCCGCCGGCGACCGGCGAACGCGAGCGUCCCCCGCGCGCAUAACCCCUCGACCAAGAGAGCGAUCCGUAACAACUAAAGUUCUCGUGAAAAGUUGAGCCGGGCGCUCUCCUACGCCCUCCUGCUAUAAUAGCCGCUCGCGCGCUGGUCUCUCUACCGACCAUCGUCGUCGUCGUCUCUCGCGUGUUACCUCCCGUCUCUGUCCAUCUGUCCCACAUUCCGCGAGACAGAGAGAGAAGGAGAGAGAUGGACGAGCGCGGAUAAAGGGAGGAAACGGAAGGGAGAUAGGGAGAGACAGAGGGCGAGAGAGCGAGCUGGCGCGUGAGCGAGGGAGAGAGAGAGAAAGCGAGAAAGAGAAAGAGAGAGAGAGAGAGAGAGAGAGGGUGAGACAGAGACAGAGGUAAAAAGAGAGAGAGAGAGAGAGAGAGAGAGAGAAAGGGUGAACGCGCGAGAGAGCGAGAGACCAGAGGGAGAAAGAGAGGAGAGCCGCGCCGUGGACGACUCCGGCGGAUUAGGGAAUAGAAUAGUCAUUAUCGUGUAUACAUCCGUAUUCUACGAGCUAUCGGUCGCGCUCGUUCGGUGAGUCGGUGGAGUGGCGAAACGCCGUGUGGUGAGCGCCGGUUUCGGAGUGGUGUGCGCGUGAGGUGCCGAGAGAUCGAACGACCUAGCCCGUCUCUUUUCUGACAUUGGGAGCGCGCCGGCGAGUACCACCGCGUCGGGCCACCGGUGUGUGUUGGAGUACGAGUUCGGGGGCUUCGGCUGGAUUAUCGGGCUCAAGACGAGGAAUAUCGACGCGGGAGCACCGGCGCCGGCAAUUACGAGUGCUCGCGGGCGGAACCUGUAACUUGGACGUCGAGGACGUCUCUCUAAGGAGACCGCAGCGGGGGGGUGGUCGUGCUGGGGGCCGAGGGGGUGGUGAUGUGGCCGAACAGCCUCGGAGGUACUUCCGGCUGCAGCGGGGGCGCCGGCGCCACCGAUCUCGGGGGCCUCGCCGCCUCCACCACCUCGGCCUCCGAGCUCUUCGGGCCCGCAGCGUUCGGCGCGUCCGCCGCUGGGCCCUACGGCGCUCUCAAGACAAAUCCCUACGUGAGCGCGCUCGGCAUGCCGCCGAUCGAGGCACUACACUCGACCAUCGGUUAUCCCGGUUGUACACCCGCCGGUGAGUCCUACUACUGCAAUCCGAGAAAACAACGGCGGGAGAGGACAACCUUCACUCGGGCGCAGUUAGACGUAUUGGAGGGCUUGUUCUCGAAGACGAAAUAUCCCGACAUCUUUAUGCGCGAAGAAGUAGCGAUGAAGAUCAGCCUACCGGAGUCGAGAGUGCAGGUGUGGUUCAAAAAUCGCAGAGCCAAGUGCCGCCAACAGCAGAAGCAGCAGCAGCAGCAGCAAGACAAGGCGCCGAGAUCCAAGAAACCCACGGGGAAUCCGGCUAGCAAUCCACCACCUGGGAAAAGUCCGUCGAUUGCUACCACGCCCACGCCCGCCGCUGCGGUACCCGCCACUACGCCCUUGAGCGGAGGUACUGGCGGCUCGGCAGCAAGUUCACCGGCGCUUUUAAGGGAUUCGCCGCAAUAUAAGCCCGCAGGAAACGCUACCAGUUUGCUGUUAGCAGCCAGCACGACUCCACCGAGCUUAGGCGGCACGGUGUACAGCAGCGGGGGCAGUAGCAGUAGUAUUUGGAGUCCGGCGAUUACGGAGAGCGGCGGGGGAUUUCCAGGUGACCAUCAAAGGUUAGCGUGGACGACAACCGCUUCCCAACAGCAGUGCUACCAGAAUUACUCAUCAUACUACACCAACAUGGAUUACCUCUCGCCCGCUUCGCAUCAGUUGAACGUUGUGGACAGCGGAGGUAGCGGCCUUGACAACUCGUGGAGCAAAACGAGAGACGAGAGCGCCUCGUCUUGGUUCUACAAUAGUGCUGGAUGGGGCGAUCGGAAGUGAAGGUAGGAGAGUCGCAGAACGAAGGCUGGAUACAUAUCAUCGGCAACAGCGAGGGUAAUGCGCUACGAAACGACGUUUGUCGUUGUAAUACGGUGCCAAACUAGUAGCUCCACUUGCAGUGAGUGUCGAUGUAGAUUAAACAUAUCCUUCAUUCGGCCAGCGCUCGGGCACCUUGGGAUGCACAGGCCGAUCGAGAGUGCCAUACGUAUCCUAUCGCAUUUAUUGAUACGACAUAGUUUAAAUAUAUUUAUGACGUAAUCAUUUCGAUACGGGAUGGCGAACUGCACGCGGUCGUGUGUUAUUUUUUCAGAUACAUUCACGAGGAAUCAUAAAUGUGUUGCACGGCGUGCGAGAUAGUUUCUAUUGAUAAUUUAGAUUACAGAAAUUGUAUUGAAUGAUACGUCUGUUUUAGAGUAUUAGAAAUUCGAGAUGAUCUCAAAUCGACGAAUUAUGAUUUUUUUAAAGGCUUUUCUGCUCCUCGCCACGAUCAUCUUUAUUGAUAAUGUCAGAAACGAGAAAAUAUAAGCUCGAAGUUCUUGUAAAAUGUGUUGAAAUAAAAAAUAUAUCUAUCAAAAAAUACUUCUAAUCGAUUGAAUAGAUUUUCAAAUUAUUCCGACAAUUUUUCAUUUGUUUUUAAUAAUCAAUAAUUCAAAUUAUUUCGAAAAUUUUUCAUUUGCUCUUAAUAAUCAGUAAUUAAGUAACGUAAAACCAACACGGCUAAUAAUUUAUUAUUAAAAUAACUAGAUUAUUAUAGUUAUUAAUAAUUAUUAAUAAUUAGAUGAUUUUGUCAUGUUUUAUGCCUAUUUAAUUAUUAUUGGUACAAAAGAAAAGUUUUCAAAAUAAUUUAAAAGUCCGAUCAAUCGAUCAGAAGAAUGUCAUUUCUUAUGUCUUUUUGUUUUAAUAUAUUUUGCAAGAAUUUGGAGUGUGUAUUUUUUGUUUCUGACGUUACCAAUCAAAAUGACCGUGACGCGGGACCAGGAGUUUUAAAGGGGAUACUUUGUACUUUUAGUUUUCACAAAAUGCAUUGAAGAUGCAGACUCUCGUUGAUAUCCAACUAGUCAUAAUAAUAAAAUAAAUAUCGAUGAAGGGAAAAGAAAGACCGAGAAAGCGUUAUUAAUAUGCUUCGAGUAAAAGAUUUAACAAUGAAAAAUAAUUGCAAAGACGUUACUUUUUCCUUUUUGCGUGAAUUUAUCGUAUUGCUUUAUACUCAUAUUUGAUAUUAACGUAACGCUUUCAAUAGUCCAGAUAAAUGUUCUACAGUCACGACGACGACUCUCUCUCACAGUGAGCUGUAAUGAUUUCGUUUCCGAUACAGAUAAACUAUACUGUAUAUAAUAUAAAUACUUUUAUGAUAUUAAGGAGAACAAUUGAUCUAAUUAGGAUUAUGUUGAAUAGCUAAUGGAAUACACAUUCGUUUCAUUUGACUCUCUGGUUAAGAAGGAACUACAACGGGAAAAUUUUCGAAAAGAGGUAUCUGCGUAUGUGUGCACGCGACAUGUGUGUACAAUAUGUACAUAAAUUAUAUAUAAAAGUAUAUAGCAGGUCUGUGUACAUAUGUAUCAUUCUUUCGUGUAGGAAUAUAUCAUUACCUGACUAUUAAAAUGAACGUCGUUACGGACGUCGAAAUUGUUGAUUAUUUCUGUUUCGGAGAUGCAUUUAUUCCGCGUGCAAAAUAAAAUGCCACAUCUUUUAUAUAUAAGAAAAAAAUUGAUUUAUUAUGUACACAUACACUACAUACACACCGUCCUGCUGUCGAAAAAUGCGCGUUGUAUCCACAACGUACUAUCUUGUAUUAUCUUUGUACGCAGAGGAAAGAAACGACCUAAAUGCGUAAAGUUAUAUAUUUCUUAUCUGACAAUCAGUGUCGUAACAUGUCAUAUUUUUUCAAGAUUCGAAACCACAUUUGUUAUUAUCCGAUUUUUUUUAAUGUAGCAGCAAUAUGUAUUAAUUGUUUUUGCGCCUGCCUAGCGAUUCUGUAAUUUUUAACGACAGCGUCGUUAUCGUUAUGUUGUCAUCGCGCAGAUAUAAGAUGGUAGAGAAGCUGUACAACGAUCACACACCAUCCUUGCGACAGCAAGUCGUUAUGAAAUUAGAGAAUCGGUCUAUUGAUCUGUUUGUAACGCAAUUGUUCCAUCCGGUGUAAUUUGUCAAGUAUACUUGUAUACUUUCCCAACAUUUGCACACAUUUUUCUCCGACGAGAAGUUAGGAGCAUAUCAAAUGAUCACAACUGCGAGCCACUAUUCACUUAUAUGCUAAUCGGCUAUGAUACAGAAGUCGAAUGAUACUUUUCGGUGUAAAUAAUGGCUUUUUAUUGUAUUCUUAUUCUGGUAGAUAAAAAUAUAAUAAAAUUACAUUUUUCCCCCGAAUCUUCCAGUUUCUUGUAACGUCGAGUGUCACGUGUACUACAUUCUCUUUGACGUUUGUUACAAUCGAUUGCUACGAUUAUAGUUUGUGAGUAGCGACUUACAAUUGUGACCAUUUGGUACGCUCUUAACUUCAUGGGAAAAAGUAUGUUGAAGCCGUUAUGAAAACGAAUAUAUACGGCUAAAUUUAUUUAUUGUCAUUGUCAGCGUGCGCAAAAUGUUUUCAUUGUCAUAAGAUAUAAUGAGAAUUUCUGAUAAACACCUAAUCGGACGGUUUGCGUACCGCUUUUGAUAAAACUUUCAUUGCCGAAUUUGGACAUUUCGCGAAGAGAUCUUCGAUGAUGAAGUUUCAUGAGAAACCGAGACACUGCAUAUUACUAUUUGCGUCGUGUAACGAAAAUAUCGGUUGUUCCACAGACGUGAACGUCGAAUGAUUAUAGGAUAGAAGAAAAAAAAAAUAAAAAAAUCCAUAUGUAAAAUAAGAAAAAAGAUUUAAGAUCUGUAGGAGUAUAAGUAUGUGACUGUUUAGAUUGUUAUUAUAAAUAUUAUCAAUAAUUAUAAGAUGAUCGACGAGCAAAACAACGACGUACAUGUCUCAAGAUGUAUGAAGAUAAUAUAUCGAAUUUGAAUUGUA